CUCGUGUCACGUGAGUGCUUCCAGUGCGAGAGUGUCUCUUCCCUCCGAGCGGGAGUGCGUUUCAAUCGUGUGCGAAGUUUUCUCUCCGAGUCGGUUCACUGGGGGCCCUCGAGGUCUGUCCUCGAGCGCCGCGAGGGAACACAUCCAACCAGGGUGCGGGUGCCGUGCCCCUGUAAUUCUACAUCUAUCACUCUCCCCCCCCACCCUUGCUGCGGGGUUGAAAGGCCGAGUCGAGCGGGAGUCCACUCGACCCCCACACAACCUUUUGCUCUAGCGGUUGCAUCCUGUGCACUUGCAGUCACCGUACAUCUUAGAUUUCACAGUUCGUGGAGUUACGCGCCUGACGUCGUGUGUUGAACCAUGGCAAACGUGUCCCUCGACAAAGAUACGUUUUUUCGGCGUAUGAAACGCCUGUACGGCGCGUGGAAGGAUGGAGAAGUCGGCACUGACGAUAGCUUUAGCAAAAUGGAUUGUCUCGUUUCUGCUGUCGGUACCGACGAGGAUAUUGUUUAUAGCAAGUCUACAGCAUUACAGACAUGGCUGCUCAGUUAUGAGCUUACAGACACAAUAAUGAUUCUGGCGGAAGAAUCUAUCAGCUUUUUGGCUAGCAAAAAGAAAAUUGAAUUCUUGAGAAAAGUGGAGAACCAAAAAACAGAAGACACAGGAGUACCGUCUGUAAAAUUGUUUGUACGGGACAGAAGUGACGAAGACAGAGCAAAUUUUACAAAACUCAUCGAGGUAAUAAAAGAGAGUAAGAAGGGCAGAACUCUGGGAGUAUUUUCAAAGGAGAAUUAUCCGGGUGCCUUUAUGGAUGCAUGGAGGGCUGCCUUGAAGACAGAGUCUUUCGAUACAGUCGAUGUAAGCGCUGCGGCUGCCUAUGUUAUGUGUGCAAAAGAAGACAUUGAGAUACUCACCAUAAAGAAAGCUUGUCUGGUAUCUGUAGAUGUAUUCAAUAAAUAUCUGAAGGAUCAAAUAAUGGAAAUUAUAGAUUCAGAUAAGAAAGUCAAGCACUCGAAAUUGGCGGAAGGUGUCGAUGCAGCGAUUACGAAUAAAAAGUAUGUGUCUGGUGUAGAUGUUACGCAAGUGGACAUGUGUUAUCCUGCAAUUAUACAAAGCGGCGGCAAUUAUUCUCUAAAAUUUAGCGUUGUCAGUGACAAAAAUAUUCUUCAUUUUGGUGUCAUCGUUUGUUCACUGGGCGCCCGUUACAAAUCCUAUUGUUCAAAUAUAGUGAGGACCUUGUUGGUCAAUCCCACAAAGACAAUCGAGGAACAUUACAAUUUCCUGUUACAACUCGAGGAGGAGAUCUUGAAAAAGUUGAUUGCAGGCACAAAGAUUAGCGAGGUGUACGAGACCGGUGUGAAAUUUGUAAAGGAUGAAAAACCAGAGAUGAUGAAUCAUUUAACCAAGAAUUUUGGAUUUGCCAUGGGCAUCGAAUUCAAAGAAAGUUCUUUACUACUGGGCCCGAAGACUCAUGCAGUAGCCAAGAAGGGCAUGGUAUUUAAUGUGAAUGUCGGUCUCGCAAAUCUCUCGAACCCGGAUGCAACGGAUAAGGAGGGAAAGACGUAUGCCCUUUUCAUAGGCGACACGGUUAUCGUAAACGAGGGACAGCCGGCCUCUAAUUUGACACCGUCGAAGAAGAAAGUGAAAAACAUAGGUAUAUACGUGAAGGACGACGAGGACGAGGAAGAAGAGGGGAGCGGAAAGGAAAACGAGCCAAAGCCCGAGAUCCUAGGACGCGGCAAGAGAACGGCCGUGAUAGAAUCUAAACUGAGAACCGAACACAGCUCGGAGGAGAAGAGAAAGCAGCAUCAGAAGGAGUUGGCUCAACAAUUGAACGCAGUCGCGAAGGCUCGGUUGGCCCAGCAGUCCGGCGGUAAAGAACAGGAGAAGAUACGCAAGUCGACAGUGUCGUACAAAAGCUUGAGUCACAUGCCGCGCGAGCCGGAAGUGAAGGAGUUGAAGUUGUAUGUGGAUAAGAAGUACGAAACUGUGAUUCUACCUAUUUUCGGUAUUCCUGUACCCUUCCACAUAUCAACGAUCAAGAACAUCUCGCAGUCCGUGGAGGGAGAUUAUACGUAUCUCAGAAUCAACUUCUUCCAUCCCGGAGCGACGAUGGGUCGGAACGAGGGUGGAUCUUAUCCCCAACCCGACGCGACGUUUGUCAAAGAGGUGACAUAUCGGAGCACGAAUACCAAAGAGCCCGGUGAAAUCUCCGCGCCGUCCUCGAACUUGAACACAGCCUUCAGACUGAUUAAGGAGGUGCAGAAGAAAUUCAAGAAUCGAGAAGCGGAAGAAAGGGAGAAGGAGGACCUCGUGAAACAGGAUACUCUGAUAUUGUCGCAGAAUAAGGGAAAUCCGAAGUUGAAGGACCUGUAUAUUCGACCGAAUAUCGUCACGAAAAGAAUGACGGGUGGUUUAGAAGCACACGCCAACGGAUUUCGUUACACCUCAGUCCGCGGGGACAAAGUGGACAUACUUUAUAACAACAUUAAGAAUGCCUUCUUCCAACCGUGCGAUGGUGAAAUGAUCAUACUGCUUCAUUUUCACUUAAAGCACGCCAUUAUGUUUGGGAAGAAAAAACACGUGGACGUGCAGUUUUAUACAGAAGUCGGAGAAAUUACCACGGAUUUAGGGAAACACCAACACAUGCACGAUCGCGACGAUCUUGCCGCCGAGCAAUCGGAACGAGAGUUGAGGCACAAGCUGAAAACCGCUUUUAAGAGCUUCUGUGAGAAGGUCGAAGGAAUGACGAAGCAAGAUAUCGAAUUUGAUACACCGUUCCGAGAAUUGGGAUUUCCCGGUGCGCCGUACAGAAGUACCGUUUUGCUUCAACCGACCAGCGGUUGUUUGGUUAAUCUCACCGAAUGGCCACCGUUUGUUAUUACGCUGGAAGAUGUUGAAUUGGUUCAUUUUGAGAGAGUACAAUUCCACCUAAAGAAUUUCGAUAUGAUUUUCGUCUUCAAAGAUUACCAUAAAAAGGUAGCGAUGGUAAACGCUAUUCCUAUGAAUAUGUUGGAUCAUGUGAAGGAAUGGUUGAACUCGUGCGACAUCCGAUAUUCGGAAGGUGUACAAUCUCUAAACUGGACGAAGAUUAUGAAGACCAUAACAGACGACCCUGAGGGAUUCUUCGACAGCGGAGGAUGGACAUUUUUAGACCCCGAGAGUGAUGCUGAAAAUGAGGAGCUUGAAGAUGAAGAGGAGGAGGAAGAUGAUGCAUAUGAGCCAUCAGAUUUCGACAGCGAAGAGGAAUCGGACGACGACAGCGAAUACUCCGAGGCUUCUGAAGAUUCCGACAGCGAAGAGGAAGAAUUGGGCAGUUCUGAGGAAUCGGGAAAGGAUUGGUCAGAUCUGGAGCGAGAAGCGGCCGAGGAGGACAAAGAAAGAGGCGAGGAUCGUUUCCGCGACGACUAUAAUUCUAGUAAAAAGAAGAAAUCAAGUCGGAGACAAUCUCCUCCAAAGGACAGGCACAACUCUAAGCAUAAGAACUCGACAAACUCUAGGAGCAAGAAUUCGUCCAACAGUAAGGAUAAACGAUCGUCGGACAAACACAGGACGGAUCGAUCACGGAGUGGGGGCUCCCACAAGAAGACAUCCCCUUCCAAAUCAUCCAAACACAGUCCAAAAAAGAGCGACAAGCACGACAAGAGCAAGUCGCAUUCCUCGUCCGGUAAGAAACGUUCUCGUGAGGAGAGUUCGGAAAGGAAUGACAGAGGAUCGAAGAGAUCCAGGAAAUGAACACGAAAGAUCUGCACAUUGAGAAAAGAGUACACAGGAAACCACAACAAUACCGUGCUAAGUGAAGCUUUCUUACUUAAGAUAUAGCAACUAACUAGUUGGUAAGAAUAGUACAUUUUCUUGCAUCGGGUGAGCCAAAACGGGGAGCGGAUCGAUCGGAGUGGUGUAACGAAAUCAAAUGAUUAGUUUACAGUUGGAAUAUUUGCUGACGUGUUUGCGCGUUCAGUUUUCUUUUCGGUAGUGUAUACCGUAAGUUUCUCACAAUAGCAAUGAUAUACAUUUUUAAUAACAUUCGCCGCCAUUUCUAUGUGAGCUUUCGUGUGUACAUAAGAAUAAAAUUUUGUACGAAGCCGAGAACACGUA